AUGCUUUACAAUAUUGAAACAAUUCCAAAAGAAAUUAACUUUAUACUACCAAAAGACGUUUCAUUUUAUGAAAAAUAUUAGUGGAUAUUUAUGUCUUAUUAGCAUGAAAGCAUAGAAAAUUUUUAAUUGUAGUAAUAAGAACAAGAAAACAAAUUAAAAUAAGUAUAAAAGGAAAAAGUUGAAUAAGCACAAAAAAUUUUGAAAUCUAUAUUGAAAAAGUAACCAAAAGAUAUACAAGAAGAAAAUUAAUAAAAUAUAGAAUAAUAAGAAGAAUAAAUGCUAAAGAUCCCACCAUAGCCGUUUUAAUAAGAUGAAAAUGUAAAUAAAAACAUAUAAAACAUUCCUUUAAUAGAAUAUUAUUAAGAAAAUACAUUCGAAAAAAAUAAUUAAUAAUUUAGCCUUAAGCCACAUCCUAUUUUAGAACUAUCCCAUAUUUAAGGUUUUACUUUUAAAAAUUCGAACUUUUCUGCUUAUGGAAAAACUAAUAUUGCUUAUAGUAGUGGGAGUACAUUGAUUCUUUAAGAUUUGAAAACUCGUGAGCAAUAAUAUUUUUUUAGUUCUUAAAAAUAAGAAAUUACAUGCAUUAAUAGUUUGUAUAAUCAAAAUUUAAUAAUAGCAAGUGAUAAGAACUAAAUUUCAUAUUGGAAUGUAUAAACAUAGCAAAAAGUAGGCUUUUAUUAUACUGGAUUAAAUGAAAUUACAUCAUAAGAUGCUGCCUUUUAUAAAAAUGAUAUUUAUAUAUGCUUAGUAGGAAAUGAUGAGCGAUAAAAUAUAUAUAAAAAUUAAAAAAUAAUAAUUAUAAAAGGAGAUACAGUAACCUGUAAAGUAGGAAGCACAGUAAAUAUAACAAAAGUAAGCUUUAUAGAUAGGAAAGAUAUUUAAAAAGGAAUAAUUAGUAUAGGUAAAGAAAAUGUUAGAUUUUGGAAUUUAAAAGGAAGCAUUUUAUAACAUUCUUCUGUUUUUUUAGGUGAGCAUGCAAGAGAUAGUAUUUUUACAGAUUUUGUAAUUUCUGAAGAGAAAGCAUUAGUGGUAAAUAAUAAAGGAAAUUUGUAUAUUAUCGAUGUUUAAUAAAAAGAACUACUGGGUGUAUUUUUAAUUCAUUAGGAAAGCAUAAAAAGCAUAGGAGUAUAUUUUGAUAAUGAUAAAAACGAGAAUUUUAUUAUAACUUCUGCAAAUAAUGGACUUUUGAAAGUUUGGAAAAGCGAUUUUGCAGAAAUUUUAUUGGAAGUAAAGUUAGAUAGUUAAGUAGAAAAAAUAUAGACUAAUAAUUAUAUUGUUUGCGCUUGUUUAAAUGGUACAAUUGGAGUUUUAAAUAUUGAAAAAAAAAAAAUUGCGUAUAUUACAAGAAGUCAUAAUGAAAAAAUUUUGGAUAUGAAAUAUCAUAGUUAUGCAAAGAAAAUUAUUAGUAUUAGUGAAGAUUAUUCAAUUAAAAUUUGGGAUUUACUAAAAUUAAAAUCAAAUAAUAACAUUUUUUUUUAAUAAAUUUAUGAGUUUAAAUGUUUAGAUAAAUAAGUUUGUUCUCUAGCAACUUUUCGAAAUUUUUAAGGAUUUCUUUGUGGAUUUGAAGGGGGAAAUGUGAGACUUUUUGAUCUAAAAAAUUUUAGUGUUUUGAGAGAUUUUGAUAACCACAAAGACAAAAUUCUGAGUUUAGACAUAAGUAAUCAAGACAAAUUAUUUUUGAGUUUAGAUGGGUAAAAGUUGGCAUUCUUUAAUAAAGAAUUUGAAUGUGUUAAGGAAAUUUUAAACAAAGAAAAUUAUAAAUUUAUGUAAGCUUAGUUUGAUUUAUUAGGUGAAUAUUUUUUUAUUUUAGUUUAAGGAGGAUUUUAAAUAAAUUUUUUUUCCUAAAAUAGUUAUGUUUUAUUAUUCUGUAUAAAUUCGAAUGAGGAAAUUUAAAAAAUAAGAUUUUCCUUUAUAAAAGAAGACCUUUUUAUAACUACACUAAAUGGAAAAUUAAAGAAAUAUAAAAUUAAAAAUAAUAAAUAGGUUUUACUUUUUAGAGAAUACCAAAAUAAUAUUUUUGCAAAUAAUUUAUCGAUUUCUGAAAAUAGCUCUUUUAUUUUUAUCUUAUCAAAUUUCAAUAAUAGAUUUUUAAUGAAAAUUUAUGAUUAUUAUUUUAGAGGAGGACUUGAACCUUAUUUUUAGGCUUUUAAUUGUGGAGAAUAACUAUAAGAAAUAGUUUUUUCUAAUGAUGAAUUAAAUCUUGUAUUCGCAUUUUCUAAUGAAAAUAAAUCACUUUACUGUUGGAAGUUCCUUGGUUAACCUAUAUUAAACAGACCUGCUGAAGAAGAUGAAUAAAAUAAGAUAAUUGAAGACAAAGAAGAAAAACUUAUAUUUGAACCAAGUAUUCAAAUAAACAAUAAAGAUAAUUUUAUAUAAUAAUAAAAUAAAUAACAAAAUGAACAUUAAAUUAAUAUAUAAUCAACUAAUGACUAAAAAAAUAAAAAUGUUAUAUAUAAUAAUGAUAUAGAAUAAGGUAAAAAUUAAAAUUAGAAUAAAAAUAAUUUUUAAAAUAAUAAUAUUUAUAUAAAUAAUAAUUAAAUAUAAUAAUAAUAAUAAUAAUAAUAAUAAUAAUAAUUAUAAUAAUAAUAAUAAUAUUGUAAUUAAAUAAAUGUUUCUUAUUAAUUAUAAUAAAAUCAUCUAUUAUAAUUAUAAAAUUAAAAUUAAAAUUAAAAUUAGUUAUUAAAUCUACAUUAAAAUUAAUAAUUUAGGAACGUAUAAAUGUUAAAAUAAUAAGAAAAUUAAAAAGAAGAAGAUUUAUUAUUAUAAAGUAAUAAUCCUGGAGAAAUAGAAGGAAUAACUUUAUUUUAAAGAAAACCUGGCGAAAUAUUCUAAAUGAAUUCUACAAUUGGUUUUUCAACUUCUUUAAAAUUUCCCUUAUCAAAGUUUAUAUGGAAUAAAAUAUAUAGAUAUAUAAUUACUUAUUUAGACCAUAUUUUAACUAUAAAUGACAUAAAUAGUCAAAAAAAAAUACAAAAAGUUUUAAUUUUUCCUUAACAAAUAAAUUCAAUAGACAUAUCUCCGAACUGUAAAUUUUAUUAUUUGUCCUUCAGUAAUCAUACAAUUAUUUUUGAUAGCAUUUCUCAUAAACAAAUUAUCUAAAUAAAUACAGAAAACGCUUCUUUAUUAGAAAUAUCUCCAUGUUCAAAUUAUUUAUUGGUAUCCUAAAUGCUAAAAAAUACGAUAAACGUUUAUGAAUUAGCAUCUUAAAAAUUAAUAUCUUGCAGUAUUUUGGAAAAAUCUUUUGUUUCUUUUAAAUGGAAUAAUGCAACUUUAGGAUCUUUAGAGUUUGCAGUUUUAUUUUUAUAAAAAGUUUAAUUUUGGAGAUUGAAUUCUCGAAUGACAUUAGAAUUUUAAGAACCAGAAAUAAAAAAUAAAUAAUAAUUAGGAAACUUUAAUUGCUUAUUAUACUUGAUUUUAGAUAAUUAACAUUUGUUAUUUGUCGGGACCUCUUUAGUAAUAUAUAUAUAAUUAAAUAAAAAUUUAUAAAAAUAAAUAGGGAGCUAUCUUAAUAUUUGA